AUGGUCGAUCCGCAAGAUCACCAUACGUCAAGGUUCGAUCCAAUAUUCCGGAGCGCUCUCAGGCGAGGUCUGCCUCCAGAUUUGGGCAAUAGACUCCUAGAGCUGGCGGAAUUGGCGGAUUUAGAAGGAGAAGGAGAAGAAGAGGAAGGAGACGUUGAGUACAUCUUGGAUCUUCUCGGGGCACAACCAUUCCUGCCUCCUGGAAAGCUCCUCCAACUCAGUGAAAGAUUCGUGACGAGUGAUGACCGGAUCGCUAGGGCGGUGGUCAAGACUCUCGUGGCUCAAGCCCACUUGCCGCCGCCUCUUAUCCUUGCGCUCACGCGAUUCCUCGAUCGUGCCGACAACGCGCUGGUCCUGGAUGCCACACUAUGGCUGCUGGAACAGUCCGAGCUGCCCCUCGAGGCUCUCGCCCUCAUGGCAAGAAUGCUUCCCACCGUCCCAAUACCGGAAUUCCCGGCGAUCAUCUUGUCAAGACAGCCUUCCUUGCCGAGCGAGAUCAUGAACCUCGCACUCUCCGCGUUCCGCCUGGCAACAGACGAACGCUACGCCGAGAUCCACGAGGCGCUCGAGCAUCAUGACGCAUUCUACCGCAUGCUGCCCCAGCUACCCGUGCACGACCUCCAGCGGCUGUGCCGGAUCUGGCUGCGGCGGAGCCUCGGCGAACGAGUGAAUUUCUACUUCCGCGACGGAUCCCUCGUGGUUGACACCCCGGAUUUUCAGGGCGCGAUCCCGAUGCCGCUGUAUCAGCGGAUCAAGCUGCGGCUGGUCUUCCGGCUCACCGUGGUGGCAUGUACGCGGGCAUCGGAGAUCGAGCGGGCUCGAAGCUGGAUCCGCGGUUCAGUGGCGUGGACGAGGAGCCAUUCACCGUGGGCUUUUGCUCUGGUGGCAACGUCCCUUGCCGUUAUUCUCAGGUGGGUGGCAUUAUAUUCGAUCUGAAUGUAUAGAUUCCUGGUUUCCUAGUUCGGUCUCGAUAAUCUGUCGAUACAAUCCAUGGCGUGCACAGCACUCUCCCUCGCGCAUGGAGGUGGCUCCAAUCUGGUAUGCAUGAUAUUUCCAGCGGCCAUCGUACCAGCAGCAUGGUCUGAUACAUGAUUCCGUCUGUGAAUGUCAAAGAAGACAGAGCGUGAAGCCGUUGCAACUUCUGCCUAAUAUCUCAAUUCCGAGUACAUUUUUCGACCUUACAUCCUCAAAAACCUCAUGGAUACUAUAUGAAAUCUGCCAUGAUUUAC